AUGUCUCUCUGGAGCUCCUACAAAUCCCUCACCCCCAAAACGCGCGCGCUAUUCGGGGUCGGCGUGAUCGCCUGGGCAUCGAUCGGUCUCUGGACGUCGUCCCAGGUUGAGGAGGCGAUGGGAAUGGUUCCGACGGCGGCGGAGCAGGCGGAGCUGGAUCGGAAGUUGGCGAUUCGGGUUUCGAGGGUGGAUAAGGAGUGA